CUUGGCACGAGGCUUGUUUAUUGGGCGAAAUUUAAUGAUUCCCUGUAAUCAUUCAGCAGUUGCGUGAGUUGCCAAACACUAAGCCUAUUUUAUAUUCCGUUUCGGCCAUACUCCGCCUACAACCGACUCGUAUAUAUCCAGAAAACAUCCGCAGCAGCAGACGCAGUUCAUCCGACACAGGGGCCGCAGGCAGAGCAAUCGCAGAAACAGAAGCAAAAACCUCUUCGCUCCGAAAUCGAAAUCGAGUGAAUCGGGGAGCGUGUCGUCUAUAUGAUAGUCGUGCAUAGUACCAGUACCAAGUAGCAGAGUACCGCCGCAGUGUCAAUUAGUAGUUUCGCAUAACACCACCUCACGCGUACACACUCUACAUACUCAACAGCACCACCCCCCGAACACCCGCCCACCCGUGAAUCGCGAUAUCCGUGUUAUACAACAAAAUUGUUCCGUGUUCCAACCAUACGCCGGCUAAAAAUCGACCCCAAACACCAUCUUCGCCCGGUGGAGCAACAUAAUCGCAGUGGAGAAAGCUGUUCUACAACUGCGACUGGAACUGGAGCUGUAGCAACUGGUCCGGAUUAGCAGGUCAUCGUAAGAGGAGCAGCCGCAGCAAGGGCACUACCACUGUAGCUAUAGCUGCACGACCACCGGAUCCACCAUGAACAUAGACGACUACGAGUCGCUGCCCACCACCAGUGUGGGUGUGAAUAUGACGGCGGGCGCUAUUGCUGGCGUGCUGGAGCAUGUGGUCAUGUAUCCGCUGGACUCCGUCAAGACGCGAAUGCAGAGUCUUUCGCCGCCCACACAAAACAUGAACAUAGUGUCAACCUUUCGGAACAUGAUUUCACGUGAGGGCUUGUUAAGACCCGUUCGGGGAGCCAGCGCUGUAGUAUUGGGUGCAGGUCCAGCGCAUUCGCUGUACUUCGCGGCGUACGAAAUGACCAAGGAGCUCACAGCCAAGUUCACAACAGUGAGAAACCUCAACUAUGUGAUUUCGGGAGUAGUCGCUACCCUCAUUCACGACGCCAUUUCUAGUCCCACGGAUGUGAUCAAGCAGCGAAUGCAGAUGUACAACUCACCCUACACAUCUGUGAUAUCCUGCGUACGGGAUAUCUACAAAAAGGAGGGCUUUAAAGCCUUUUACAGAGCCUACGGCACGCAACUGGUCAUGAAUUUACCAUAUCAGACAAUACAUUUUACCACAUACGAGUUUUUCCAAAACACGUUGAACCUGGAACGCAAAUACAAUCCACCAGUGCACAUGGCGGCGGGUGCUGCAGCUGGCGCCUGUGCGGCGGCUAUAACCACGCCUCUGGAUGUGAUCAAGACGUUGCUAAACACACAGGAGACUGGACUGACGCGCGGCAUGAUCGAGGCCAGUCGAAAGAUCUACCUCAUGGCUGGUCCAUUGGGCUUCUUCAGGGGCAUGACUGCGCGCGUGCUGUACUCCAUGCCCGCCACGGCCAUUUGCUGGUCCACGUAUGAGUUCUUCAAAUUCUACCUGUGCGGCAUGGACGCAGAUCAGUACAAAUCGUCAAUUACGGGCCGCUCGGAGCCCCGGAAAGCGGACUACGUGCUGCCCAGGACCACGGAUGAGGAGCAGAGCGAUCAGGAUCGAGAGACGGUGAAGGAGAAGGAGAAGGAUACCGCGGCGACCCUGCACUCUGCCCCGACCUCGGUGAACGCCGCCGGUGCCAUCAAGACGGUGUGCGAGCUGUCGACGCGGCCCGCUGGGCCAACAAUAAACCUGCACACGCGGCAUACGGACGUAAAGAGUCCCUAUGAAAGGGGCUUUUCCAGCACGUAGGCUGCGCCAGAGGGCGUGGCCGCGAGCGGGGCCUGCGUUCUAAACGUUUGCAGCAGCAGCGACAGCUAAACCUAAGCGUAGCUAUUAGUUGGCGGUAGGGAUCGGGAAAGCUGGGAGGCCUUUGGGCAGGUGGACGACACGGUGUUCGAAACGCCUGCCGUUCCGCUGACCACCGCCUGGCCACUGCCCACUUUCAGCCCACCCGAACCCAGCUGCUUGUAUGAAUACUCUGCGAGGAGUCGGUGAGAGAGUUUUAUCACUCCAUAGUCGGAGGUUAAAUCGUAGUUGUUGUUCUGCACAAAACUCUCGCUCUCACACACAACACGCAAAACUCCACACACACCAUACACCAACCACACACACACACCUUACACCAACCCCACACACACCACACAAAAACAGUUUUAGGCAAAAUGCGAAAUUCUUGUUAAAAGUAUAUGCUAAUGAUAAUACUGUAUCUAUGUUAUUUCGAAAUGAGAACCUUCUUGUAAAAUACUAUUACCUACUAUUAUGUA